AACCGCAAGGCGGACACACAGGCACCGCGGGAGGCAGCCCGCCGGCGCUCCCGGCAGCCCGCACAGCGCCGCCGCGGGGGCCUCGGAGCACGACGGCCGCGGAGCCAUGCCGAAAUCCAAGCGGGACCGCAAGGUCUCCCUGACGCGGACGCCCAGGAAGGGGUUGGAAGCCAAGCAGGCGCUCAUCGCCGAGCUGCGGAGAUGCGUGGACACCUACAAGUACAUCUUCGUCUUCUCCGUUGCCAACAUGAGGAACAACAAGCUGAAGGAUGUGCGGAACGCUUGGAAGCACAGCAGGAUCUUCUUUGGGAAGAACAAAGUGAUGAUGGUGGCGCUGGGACGUGAACCGAGCAGUGAGUACAAGGAGAACCUGCACAAGGUCAGCAAACACCUGCGGGGAGAAGUCGGUCUGCUCUUCACCAACCGCACCAAAGAAGAGGUGGAUGAGUGGUUCUCCAAGUUCAAAGAGGUUGACUUUGCCCGCGCGGGGAACAAGGCGACGUACACGGUGAGCCUGGACACGGGACCCUUGGAGCAGUUUCCUCACUCUAUGGAGCCACAGCUACGGCAGCUGGGGCUGCCAACGACACUGAAGAAAGGAGUGGUGACGCUGCUUUCAGAUUAUGAAGUCUGCAAAGAAGGGGAUGUUCUCACCCCUGAGCAAGCCCGAGUCCUGAAACUCUUUGGCUAUGAGAUGGCAGAAUUUAAAGUCACCAUUAAAUUUCUGUGGAAUUCGGAGACUGGAGACUUCCAGAAGCUUGUGGGAGAUGCAGCAGAGGAGGAGGAGGAUGAUGACAGCAAUGAGGACUAGCAGCAGUCCUUGUGCUUGGACACCAGACAGCUCUAUUAGAAACAGAGGAGGAUGUUUUCCUUCCCUGUUUGCACCUGGAGGACAAGGACAAUCUGCUCGAAUACACUCUUCAUAGAAAUGACCUAAUUAUGCUUUUUUAUAUAUAUAAAUGUACAUAUAACACCUCA